CGAUAAGUGUACGUUUAAAGAAAUGCGAAUACACAGUUAAAUUAUGCUAGAAAAUACAUAUAUGUCCAACUAGAAUAAUUAUUUGAUUGUAAACAAAAAAAGACAGCUGUUUAUUUAAACUUUAUAAUUUUCUGUUUUGCAAGUCGAUCGUGUAAAUAACACAUAAUUGUAAAUAUAAACGAAUAAUCGUGGGCGAUUAACGAGGAAUAGUGUAAAGUAAAUAUUUAAAUGUUGAUGAUCGCGGUUAUUGUAAAAAUGAUCAUUUAUAUAAAUUUAUGUUCGUGUCAAAGAAGAUUCCAGAAAGACGCAGAAGCGGUACUAUACACAUGUAGGGAAUAAAUGUUUGCAUAUAAGUACAUUGCCGCGUUUUCCAAACAUUCGUUGGAUGUUAUUCAUUGACGAAAGCGAUGUAAUAUAGAUUCAUCCAUCAUUGAGACUUGAUUAUAGUGAAUUUUCUACAGAACUAGAUAUUGGAUACGAAGCAUUUUAAUAAAUAUACAAACAAAGUAGUAAAAGAAAUGCCACGGCAUGGGCCAUUUAUAUUUGGAGUUGCGCCAAAAUGGGCGCUAUCAAAUAAUUUCAUGCAGUGGGAUUACAUACAAGAAUUGGUAGCACAUGGUGGUGUGCCUGACGUUUAUAAUUUACGUCACAAGGAAGAAAAUAUAAGUGUGUCGGAUUUAGAUUUAACUUAUGUUAAUCAAUUUAUAAACUUCAUACAAUCAACAAACAAUAAAAAGAUUGUAGAUUCUGAUAUACAGAAGGGAACAGUUGAUAAAUGCUUAUCAGAAUUUUUAGAGCCUGUGCUUAAAAAUCGCAAGGAAAGUUAUAGUACCUGUCACAGUGACGAUAGUAAAAUAAAACCAUCUAAUUUAUUGGAUAAUAACCAAACCAUAGGCACCUACUUAUUUUGCAAAGACAAAAGCGAAAAUUUAUCUGAAACAAAGGAGAAAAUUGAUCAUCAUCAUAAAAUUAUUGAUUGUGUUCCUUGCUUGUCAGAACAAUCAAACAUACAAAAUAUUACACAGUACAAGACAUUGUCUAAAAUUUUGGAGCAGUAUAAAAAUAUUUAUAAUCUUUGUCCUUCUGAAGAAGACAAGCCACUUAAUUUAGUAAAAAGCUUGGAAGAUAAUAAAGGCUGUUGUAACAAACAAAGUGAAGAUAAAAAGAAGCUGUGCAAUUUUACAGAUAUAAAAGUAUCUUUAAAGGACUGUGCCAUUUCAGAUCGAACAAAUCAUUCCUGUAAUAUAGAAAAUUGCUACAACACAAAGUACAAGGAAAUAGACUAUGGUUUAUUAAAAUUCUCAGAUCUAGAUGAUUUAUCUCCUAAAUUAAAAAUUGAUAAAACGUUACAUAAAACUUCAAAACCUAAAUUAUGUAAAAAUUUAGAAACAAAGUUAAAUUGUGUACCAAAUAAAUACUUAGAACAAGAAAGUACUCUUGUUCUUAAUAAAUAUUUGACUAAUAAAACUUCAGUGUUUUUGCGUGAGAGAAAGGAUACAAAUCUUUCUUUUCUAAAUUCAUCUCUGAAUGUCAAAGAUACAAGUAUUAAAAGUGAAUCUUGUUCAGACGAACAGAUAAAUAAGUCAAAGAACUCGUAUUUUGUAAAUACCUGCAAACCAACAUUAAGUAAUUGGGAGGAUUUCGAAAUGUCAGGACAAUAUCCAGGUCAUAGCCGACCUCCGGUUGGCACACCUCCACCUCAGACAGUUUGGAAUCAUCUUACAAUGGCACAAAGUCAAGUUUCAGGGUUGAACAUUCAUCCAACAGCCUUGUCAGGUGCAGCGUUGAGUCCGGCAGGAUUUUACACACAUCCAUCUAUGGCAAGAGCAUCUCAUAUAACAUCACAGCUUACACCACAACUUGCACAUACUCAAGCACCUCCAACAUGGCAUACGCCAACUGUUCCAUCAAAAACAGUUACUCCAGCCAAUACACCAGGAAAUCCUUUGUUUAGUUUACAAAUGCUGGUAGAUAAUAGACAGAACCAAAGUCAGUAUAGAAACUCACCAGGUUCACAAAGUACACUAGAUUUAUCAUCUACUUCUGAAAUUAUUCCUGAAAAUUAUUCUCGCAUACCUCAAGAUAUCCCAAUAAGUUUGACUGCAAGGAAUGUAGAUAAGGGCAGCAGAAAUGGAAAUAUUAUUUCUCCUCCAAUACCUCUAAAUGGAGAAACUUCAUCUGAUAGUGGAAUUAGUUCGUCGGUUCCAACACCUAAUUCUGUUAGUGAACCAGUUUCACUCUCAACUAAAGAAGUUACAACACCUAAAAUAACAGUAAAAAACUUUGAAAGCAAUUUAAAAGGAGUGGCAAAUCUUCAUGAUAAGAUUAAGGAGAUGAAUGUAGAUAAUUUUACGCAAAAAGUUAUAAACUUACCACCUAGUGUUACGAUUGAAAGGGUAGUUCCGGAGAAGAAAGAGCCUGAGGUUACAAAAAAUAAAGAUACAUUAAGUGUCAUUGCACAAGUACCAAGAAAUGUUUUGCCUGUUAUUGUAAACCUUACCUCUAGAGUGGACAAAGAUGUAACAGAUAGUCCGAAAAGAGAAUCGUCUUCAGAACGAGAUCGAAAGAUCGAAGAGACGAAUGUAAGAUCACCUAAAAAUUUACCAAAAAGAGGUAAGAAGGGUGUGGAUUCUCUGUUAGAAAAGUUAGAAGGUGGUAAUAAAAAACUUGGCAGUGCUGAAAAUAUUGGAUCUGUUAUUGUAAUGCCAGUAGAGGAAAGAGAUACAUCGAGUGUUAAAAGCAUGUCCCCUGAUAGACAGAAAUCGAAAUCUCCAAAUAGGGAAGACGAAGUGGUAUCUCCAGCAUUCAGUAAUGAUGAUUCUAAUGACAAUACUAAGCAACGCAGGAAAAGAAAGCUAGAAAAGCCUGUACGGCUUAGUAAAGACUCUAAAACGGAAGUAGAGGAUAUGGAAUUAGAACCUACAGAACCAACAGAACCUAGAACAAGUGAACCAAUAACAGAAGAAACAAAUGCAACUCCAGUUGUCAAAUUAGAAGACAAUAUUGACACAGCAGAACAGAGAAUAUCUGAAAAAAUUGAAGAAAGUGUAGACGAAACAAGUGAGGAGAAUCAACCUAUUAGAAGGCGGAGGAGUAGUGAAAGUACACCUCCAAGUUCAACUCCAUCGAAUCAGAGGGUUAGAAGAAAAUCCAGCGAUGAUGCGACUGAAUUUUCAAAAGUAACAAGUCCAAAACCUGUAAAUAAUACAAAUCCGUUUAAUGAGGUUGAAUCAGAACUUGAAAAGAUGUUUGCCGGUAUUGUUGAGACAGAGACAGAUGUCAAAAAGGAAGAAUCAAAAUCAGAACUUACAGAACCUGAACUUCAAUCCGGGAGCACGACGAAAGCCGAAAAUUUAGAAAAUAAUGUGUUACACACAAAAGAGGCGCAAAGUAUAAAUCCUACUGAUGUUUCGUCUACAGUUGAUACAAAGAUGUCUGGAAAGAAAGGGAAAAAGACUAAAGUACAAGGUGGUAAACGAAAAAUAUCCAGAUCAUCUGAAAAUAUUUUUGGAACUGUGGGUAAUGAUAUACCUCAGAAGGAAAUCAAAAAGAGAAGGAUGUCUAAGAGUUCAAAAAAGCAAGACGCCUCGAAAAAGACUAAGAAAAAUGCAAAAGUGGACGGAAUAAGAGAAAUGGCAUAUGAUUCUGGGUCAAAUGCAAGUUCUAUUAGGUCUCGUGGGCCAGUAGUUCAUGUUGAAGGUCCAAGGGACAGUCCAUUAAGCAUUCAAGUAGUUAAUGCACCACGGGAAGAAGAAGAAGAAAAAAGUAAAGAAAAACGGAAGAGUAUUGGAAAUGGUAAUGCGGGGAGAAGUAAGAGACUCAGUCACCAAAACGAUUUAGAUUAUAGGGGUAAAGUCAGUAGAGCGGGUCUCUUUAGUUCAACGUUAUCAUCACGUUAUGACGCACAUACAACAGAUUCCACAUGGGUGUGCGUAUUUUGUAAACAAGGUCCUCAUUCUGUAAUACCUGGGGAUCCUGCUCGGCCGCAUCCUAAUUUGGCUGGUCCACAUAUAGCACCUGGAACAUACACUGUUCCAGCUGGUGUUUUGAGUGAUUUAUUUGGACCAUAUUUAAUUGGUAAAGAACGUUUAGAAGAUGGAAUUCUUUCGGCUGAUGAACAAGAGAUUACUACAGAACAGAAGAAAGGUGGUAAGAAUAAAAGGAGUUUGAGGUACGCUGGGUUAGCCGAUCAGUUUACUGCAAAAAUGGGUAAAAAGAAAAGAAAUUCCAUUGAAAGUAAUACUAAUGCCAUGUUUACGGGAAUGACCGUACUCCCCGGGGAAGAACAACGUUGGGAAGUGUGGCUUCAUGAACAGUGUGCUGUUUGGGCAGCUGGAGUGUACAUGGCAGGUGGAAGAGUAACAGGUUUACAAGAAGCUGUAUGGGAUGCAGCAAAGUCGAUAUGUGACUCUUGUGGUUUAACAGGAGCAAAUGUUGGUUGCGUUAAACGCGGUUGUAAAGCCGUUACGCAUUAUCCCUGUGCAUUAACGAAAGGCUGGCACUUGGAUACUAAUCAGUAUAUACCGAAGUGCAACCUUCAUCGGGUUACGUGAAACUUCGGUGAGUUCGCCAGUAUGCGUUACUAUGGAAUAAAUUAUCUGCAUUAUUUCACAACGUAUGGCUUUAAUUUGAAGCACCGAAUGAUGAUUAAUAAUUAUAGAAAAUUAUAUCCAAAUUUGUUUAUAAAAGAAAUAUGUUAAAAUUAACAAAGCGUAAAACAAAACAUCUUUGUAUAUUCAUAUAUACUAUGAGAAAUAUUUAACUCUUUAACCUCUUGUUCACUCUGUAUUAUAUAUAAUCAAUAUUUUUGUUGAAAAAAGUUGAAAUUUUAAUCAAGUCUAAUAAUUAAUUUAUAUUUUUCAGCAUUUAACAAUUUUGAGAAGUUUUGAAAUUACGCUUUGCAUCAUUCGAUGCAUAAGUGUGUUUGGAGUGUGAAAGUAUAAAUGUCAAAUGUAUAAAGGACAGACAUAUGGUAAUUUGCAUACACGAAAUAUCAAUAUGCUCGACAGAAAUAUCUUCCAAUGUACAAGAUGUUCAAACGAGAAUGCUGUUACUGUCUUAAGAAUUUCAAAUGAAAAUGGAAAUUAACGGAUAUGAAGAAAUGGAAGUUCUUCUCGUUAAUUAAAUUUAAUUAAUUUUCUUGGCCUGUGGCCUUGAACAGUGGCCUUUUCGACCUAAUGUAAAAGGAAGAUUUUUUAAUUUAAAAUUUGUAGUAUAGACGAAUCGUUGCUGAGGAACAAUGUUAAUCAAAAAAGUAUUUGCUUUCUUACUAAUACUUAUGAAAUUUGAAAACGUUACAAAUUUUUCCCUAAAACAUCAUGUACGCAGGAAUAAAAUAUGGGGCAUAUUGUAUUAAAAUUUGAACAAAAAUCAGAAUUCGGCAAAAGAAUGAGAAAGCAUUAAAUUUCUUCUAAGUUGUAUGUGUGUAUAUAAAAUGGAAUGAAUUAUUAAUCAAGUAAUUUAAUGGAAUUUGAACACGUGUUUCGAAUGAAGUGUGGAUAAGAAACAUAUAGACAAGUGUUCUCCUGUGAAUGUAAGAAAUCAUCUGUAAAUAACAAAGUUUUUAUGUGAAAAAAAUUAUUAUUAUAUUAUUAUACAACUUUAAUAAUAUUGCGAUAUUCUUCAUUUUUAAAAAUCAUACUAUUUUAGUAAGCAUGUGUAGUUAUGUUCUUUAUUGCGGGAAACUACAUUUAGUGUAACAAUACUUAUUUCUAUUAUAAUUUUUUGAAGAUUAAUUGUGACAUAUAAAUCUAUUGUAGGUGUAAAUAAAUAGAUUUUCGCUCAUAUAAUAUUUCCCUUUAUUUCUUAACCUUGUCUAUUUUAUAACUAUGUGUUGAAAUCAUUUUUAUUUAAAGAGAACGAGCUCACAUGUUUACUUGAAAAGAGAACACUUGUAAUAAUUGUAAUUAUCGUUGUUAAUAUAACAAUAAAUUUCUAAGAAAAAGAUGGACAUUUGUUCCAGAAA